AUGAAGCACAUCGCUCUUCUUCAAGCAGUAUUCGCUACAGCCGUCCAAUCUGCUGCAACCUCAGGAUGUCGAAAAUCUUUACCUGCAUCAAUAGAGCGUGGAGGUGCUCAUAACACCAACUCGCUAGAAUUCGUUACUUCUAAUGGAACUACUCGCAAAUACGGUCUACACGUACCGACAUCCUACGACAGCGACACUCCCACACCACUGGCUUUCUCAUUCCAUGGCCGAUUACAGACUUGGCAGCAGCAAGAGGACGUAUCUGGAAUGUCCAACGAAACCAUGAAUCCGAAUUAUCUGGUAGUCUACCCGCAAGGCAUUAAUGAGCAAUGGCAGGGCGAUCCAGAUGCUGUUGGCUACGAUGAUGUCGGCUUUACUCUCGAACUCCUGGCCAAUCUCUCCAGUACCUACUGUGUGGACACAAACAAAAUCUACGCGGCAGGAAAGUCAAACGGCGGUGCGUUUGCUGCUAAUACUCUGGCUUGUCACCCUGAAGCUUCUACUAUCUUUGCUGCGUAUGGAGGUAUGUCAGGGGCAUACUACCAGGGUGACAGCGAGGAUGAUUGCAAAGCUGAGGCGGUACCCAUACCCUGCGACUCAAGCCGACCUCUCACCCCGCUCUUCACGACCCACGGCGAUUCUGAUGAUACCAUACCCUACGAUGGCGGACCUCGUCGCGACCGCUGUCUGCCUAGCCUUCCUCACUAUAUGACCGCGUGGUCUGAACGUGACGGGUUUGGCACCUUGAACAGAUCGACCUCGCUCUACCACAAAGACGUGACUCGAUACGACUACGGCAACAAGACCUAUCCGGCCAUUCACAUACACUAUAAGGUACAUGACCUUGGACACUAUUGGCCAUCUCUCGAUGUUGGAAGUCCGUUUGAUGCAACUCCCCUUCUACUCAAAUUCUGGAAUAAGUGGCCGUUGGAUGCUGUGAGCACAGGUCCUUCAGCCACAAGCUCUUCUUCGUCGUCAGCAUCAGCAACUAGCACUUCAUCUACUAGUUCAGCAGCAGCCUCGACCUCUAGUGCUGCAGCAUCACAUUGUCAAGUCAGUCAGCAACAAUGGUUUUUGGGAGGCUUGGGACUCUUUAGCUGGAUUUUUCUUGUUUAG